AAAUGUUUGUUGCAAUAGCAAUGUUAUGUACAUUUUGAUUUGAAAGCAAUUGCCAUCAAAUUUUAAGUUAUUUCAUACGAGUUAGUAACCAUAAACUCUUCACAGGUUCUUACAGGUGAUCUGCAAUGUACCAGCACAUCCGUCUUUGGCCUUCUGUGGCCCCAGUGAUUAGAGGAGUCAUUGGUGGUCGUUCAGAGCUCAUUCACUCUGUUAAAAAUUAUGGCCAGUCCCACAUCUCUCAGACCAAAGAGCCAUGGAACAUAGUCUGUUCUGCACAACAAACUCACGCACAAACAUCUGCUUUUUCCACUCUACCACAAAAUUUUCAUACUCAGUUUACCAAUUCACUUAGCCUACAAUCUAAACUUUAUCAUUCUCCUAUAUUGAAUUCAUGCAAUAACCUUCAAGACUUCAUACAGAAUGAGAACGAACAUGCACACUCAGUAAUGUUGUCUUUGCCUGCCUACAACAACUCAACUGUGAGAGCAGCAAAUAUUUGUGACGUGUUACCUCCUCUUGAUACAAGCACUUCACCUCCUCCCUUGCCCCACAUAGACUGGUCUAGCGUUCUGCCUGAGGGCAUAGCAGGCUCCUUCAUAGCCCUCUCCAAACAGUGUAAAGAUCGACCCAUGGACCUAAAUUCAGCAUCUCACAACAAUUUGAAUUCUGCACUCGUUUCGUGCGUGCCAAGUUUGUCAGAUGCUACACUGAAGGAUGUGCUUGCUGCUCUGACUUUAUGGCCACCAAUGCCUUAUAUUAAGGACAGUAACUUCCACGUGUUAUGGGAAGCUCUUGACUCCGAAUGUGUGAAAAGAGUUCAUAAAUGGGAUUUACAGCAUGCAUUUGUCAUUGCUGAUUUAUGGUUCAUACUAAAGUUGUCGCGUGCUGGCACCUACACCAAAGCCAUGCUCCCUAUAGUGGGCCAUCAUUUCAGAAGCAUGGAGUCUCACCAGCUGGUCCAGUAUCUCUUCUAUAUGAAUUUGUCUCGAGACAAACCAUCCAUCAGCUUCUCCUUACUAGAACAAAAUCUAUCGAGAGUUAUUAAUCAGCUCUCCCUUGAAGAACUUGGUGUAGUAGCUAUGGGCUUGUUCAAAGUUCAAGCAUUUGUUAAAACUCCAGAGCUGACUGACGCUCUUUUCGAUUAUUUAUUGAGUUCGGAUUUGAGAGGAGCGUCGAGCAUCACAAUAGGCAGCAUAUUCAAGAUCUUGAGGCGAACCUACCAAGCAAUGCGGGUUGACAAAGUCAUGAAGCUGCUUGAGCACGUACGACCUGUUCUCUCGCAAUUCAGUAUCCAGGCUCAGCUGCAAAUUGCGCUCCUGGGCAAUGACGUGCUGGUCUUCCAUCCACAGGUCAUAAAUGAAAUUGCACUGAACUUCGUAAACAACUCAAACAAGCUGCGCCUCAAGGAUAUAGAAAGAAUCGUUUUUGCCCUCGCUCUGUACAACUACAUACCGCCACAGAAGAAAGACAUUCUCGACUUGUUUGCAGAAGAAAUACGUCGACCAGAGCGUCGUCAGGAGAUCAACCAAUACCCAAAGUCCUUCUUAUCUUGCGUGUCGUACAUGGCAUGUAUGGGCUUCUUCCCUAAUGACCUCAUAUCAACUGCACUACAGCCUGACUUUAUCACGUGUGUUUCUUCAAACAGUGAUAAUUAUCUGGAUAUUGGGCGCGAAAUCAUGGAGCUGGACUACACUGUGGAGAUAGACUCGCCUGCCAAUUACAAAGGACACAGGCUGGACCGAUCCUUCAGGGACAACUUACUGAAAACGUACAACUCGCGAUGGCGUCUGCCAGCAGAGGCGCUUGCUAUCAAGGAUCCUCAACCACCCGUGACCCACAACGAGCGCUUCAUUGUUGACGUGCACGACAAGCUUGGCUUGCUGUUAGGCGGCGACGAUCGGGUCAUCACUUCCUUCAUCUUGCCCCAUGUAUCUAUUCCAGAUAUCGUGCUGUGCCUGAACGCCAGCGGUGAACCGGUGCCGCUGCCUGAGAGUUUUGUGUCAUUGCCGCGUCUGGCGAUCAAGCGGCCGCUGCAGCGCUGCCCGCUCACCGGCCAGCAGCUCAAGUUCAUUUCUGUGAUCGCGGGAGGCCGGAACAGCUACGUUAGAGGCACCUUCAGGGUCAGGGGGCAACUUCAGAGUAAAAUGAGACACCUUCAGAAGCUUGGCUACCAUGUGUGUCUGGUGCCGUUCAUGGGAUAUCACAAACGCGCAGUGAAGUACAAGCUGGCGCUGCUGGACGAGCUGCUGGUGCAGCAGGGGGCGCUGGACGUGGGUGGCGAGCGCGUCACGUCGGCCCUAGCGACGCUCGAUGCAGUCAAAGCCAGCGGCCAGCUUGCCAGAUGAUCUUGCUUCUAACCUGCCUUUGCUCACAUACCUAAGAGUACCCACACGGUGAAAGCAGGUUUGCCCGUGCGGGCAACCUGCUCCAACCUGCCACAAGAAU